GACAGAUAUCAUGUGACAAUCAAUGUGUAUAAUAAAGUCAUCAAGCGCAUGAUGCUUGAGCUUAUACAGUAUUGUAUAUGUACAUAUCUUGGGUGUCGUAUUAAGUUUCCGCUUCAUAAUCGAGACAAAUAUGCUUAUCUUUUUGAGGUUAUUCGAUAGGAGGAAAAAUCAAUAAUGGACUAUACCAUGAUGAAUUAAGGAGUUGAGUUUCUGCAUCUAUAAAUGUCUUGAAGCAUGGAAGAUAGCGGUAUUGACAGUGAUCCUAAAACUGUUAAUCAUGUGGAAGAUGAGAGACUCUUCUUGGGCAGCGAUAGCAGUUCCAGCAGUAAUCAUACCCAAGUACCUCAACGGAACACCACCAAGCAGUUACAGAAAAAACUUGAGACGCGUAUUGAACAGGCAAAACGAAUCCAACGCAAUUCUGAUUAUAUAAAGCUUCCAAAAUAUGACAACGAGAAUACAAGUAGUUCCAGUUCUGCCGGAUUGAUAUCAAUUCAAAGGUUGCCUAUACCACACAAGAAUAAGGAACACCUUCCUCUAGUCGAAUAUAGUGAGAGCGAAAGUGAAGAUGAGAUGACACUCUUUCCUGCAAAGUCUAAGGAUUCUUCAAAGCACAAGCAAGAUCUCACCGAUACGUUCAGUAUCGAGGAAUUGAGCGACGAGAGUGAGGAUUCUUUGAAUUUGGAUCCAGCACAACCACCACAUCCCUUCAUGCGGACUUACGUACCUACUGGAUGUUUCGCUUGUCGCUGUCAUAUACUGUAAUAUAAUAUAGUCUAUUUAUGGACAGGCCGCCAAAUACCGACUAAAUGAUCAUUAUUUAAGUAUUACAAAUUUACUUAAUUUGAAUAUAUUUUCGUGAAACACUUAUCUCUAAGAAAUGCGCCAGAUUACAUGACAUAUAUAAAACAGAACUUUCGUUCUCCAGUGGUGAAAUUUCAGUGGAGUAAAACUGAAGAACAAUAUUUAUUAUAUAAUAAUAUAUAAUUAUUACGUGAUAUAGGAUAUGUCGAGGAUAAUAUUAUAUCAUAAUUUUUGAGUUGGAUUGUUUCCUAUAUUCACUCUGUGUUGCAAGAGUAUUGUAUUGUAUCGCAUCGAAUUGUGUAUAUAUUGUUUACAGAAUGUUCUUAAAUUAUUAAAAUUAUUUUGUUAAA